UCUGGGGAAAAAAUAAUUCGCAGGUGGGCCGUGCGAGAGUUCAAGAAGCUCGCCGCAUAGCCUUUUACUUUCAUGCUGAAUUACAGGUACAUGUACCUGGAUGUUGCCCGGAUCACAUGGUCACUGGUCGCUGUGAGAGAUCUGUAUACGCUAGCCACGGCUUCUUUCUUGAAUUGAAUGACCUUAGUGCGCUGAUACUGAACUGUAACAAUCGAUCCAGUCAUGCGAUCCCACCUCUAGACUUCUACAAUCGAUCCAACCAGCGACCCCACGUCUAGACUUCUACACUGCAUGCAAACACCAGCAAAACGCAUCAUGGCCACUGCUAGUGUUCUGCCACGUAUAGAAAGAAAACCCAUUCUAACACCAGAGGAGAAACGAGAAUUUGAGGGCUAUGAAUUCCCCUUCGAGAAUCUGGCUCUUCAGGGAGGUGGCAGUAAGGGAAUGGCGUACAUUGGGACAAUCAGGGUUCUUGAAGAGGUCGGAAUUGCCAAAAACCUGAAAAGGUUUUCAGGCGCCAGCAUCGGGGCCAUGAUGACUUCCUUCCUUGCUCUUGGAUAUGACUCCUAUGAAAUAGAAGAAAUGUGUGCCUUUGACGCGAGUACACUGUUUAUGGAUGCCAGGUUUGGUAUGAUCGGGCAGGGCAUCAACCUAUACCGCAAGAUGGGCGCCAAUCCAGCCAACAAACUGAUGAUGUAUUUUCAGGAUCGUAUCCAGAACAAAUUCGGUAACCCAGAGCUCACAUUCAAGCAGUUCUAUGAACAGACAGGGCGGGAACUGUGUUUGACUACUGUGUCAUUAAAUCGCUUACGAGCUGAAUAUCUUCACGUGAAGACGACACCCGAUAUGCCGAUAUGGUUGGCCAUUCGCGCUUCUGAAACCGUACCGGGUGUGAUGAUGCCCAUCAAGUACAAAGUAAUGUCGAAGGAAGAGGAUAUUUUUGUAGAUGGUGGAAUACUCCACAACUACCCCAUUGACUGCUUUGAUGGUUGGUAUUUGUCUAUGGACAAGGAAGACAGUUUUCUUCAUCGUUUUCAUGAUGUGUUCAGCGCUGAAGACAGGUUUGAUGGUUUCAAUGAGAAAUCCAUCGGGGCAGUAUUGUAUUCCGAACAUGAAGUGGAAGCAUUUAAAGUAGUUUUGGACGAACGAGCAUGUAAACACAAGAAGGCAGGGUGUUCUAUCACCGUACCGGAUACCGAACGAAGCAGGAAGAGGGCACAGUCAAAGGAAGAGAAAGCGAAACUGCACGACAGUUCCAAGCAAGCACUGACCAAGUUUGUUGCACUUCUGAGGAGUUACGACAAGGACGAUAGUGGAACGAUCUCAAAACAAGAAUUCAAGGAGUCUCUAGAAGGCGCUGCUGAUAGGUUCACCGAAGAUGAUGCCAGGUUAUUGUUUGGCAGCGACUCUCAUAACCCAGACGCCAUUUUUGAUAUUCUGGACAGCAACGGUAAUGGAGAGAUUGAGUUUUGUGAACUGCUGGCCUUUGCCGAGAAGAGAGGCGUCGAUAUGAUGGAAGAACUCCGAGGGUUUGAACGACUGGCGGAUUUCGAUCACCUUACGGGCCUGUUCGGUGCUCUCCUCAAUGCAUUGAUACUCAACGCCAAUCGUCUAUCAUUCAAGACUUCAGAUAUUGAUCGCACCAUUGGAGUCAAUACGGGAUACCUGGGAAGUACCGAUUUUGAUAUGGAACCUGCAGACAGAGAUUACAUCGCUCAGUGUGGGAAAAUGGGAGUCGUGUAUUUCCUUCGUGAUUACAUCAAGAAGCACAACCUACAGAAGAAGGCUCAUGACGUCACAACAGAUAAAUAAACGUCACAGCAAAUGCUAUUACAUCUGAGUUGGGAUAACUUGAACCGUACUGAGCUCGUCUCCAUCGACCUAUCCAAAGGCACUGGUCAACGCUUAUCUCUCUUACGAAAAUGUGUGAAGGAAACCCGAGGCUUGCAUUCAUUAGAACAUGUAGGCACAUACGCCAUGCACACAGCCGUACACCGUAAAAUGGUUUUUAGGGUUUAAACAUUUUUUGUAUCGACAUAUUGUCGACAUGUUUAGUCUAAGACGUGUUUAGCUUUUUUUUACACAGUAUGAAAACCUGGUAGUGUCAUCAAUAAAAACUUAUUUAAAAAUCAAGUUUAUAUUUAAAAUUCGUUUUGCUGAGUCGGAUGAUACAAAAAAGACUAAUAGAAGUGUGUAUUUGGCAUGUCGCUCGACUUCAACCCUAUAAGUCAUUUGUAUUUUUUACUAUUUAUUCUUGAUGAUACUACAGGUUUUUGUCGU